AUCAUCUGUUGAUGAAAUUAUAUUGGCGCAGACCGUCGCACUGAUUAAACGUUUGCAGCAGUUACUAAUUCAUUGACGGUCCGAUUGUAGUAUCCGUUGUAUAUGGACGGCGUUAAACUUGCCGUGGCGCUUCAGUGCGUUUUCAUAAUUUUGUCUUUUACCUUAACUGAAGCGGCGCAACAUCGUAAGUCAACAGUAACAAAGGCUCGUAAGCCAAUUUUAGCCGAUCAACCGAAACAACAAAAUACUAACCACACUAACGAAGAUUAUGAUGUUGGAAAUUAUGACGAAUACGAUGAAAAAGAACAUAAAAAUUCGGAAGAAGCGAUAAAUGGUUUAUCUUCUUCAUUGAACACAGAUCACAAGUCAACGUCACCGUCACCGAAUGAAGAUUAUCCGACAGAACCAGAUAGGCCAUAUGAUAGUUCUGAAAAACAAAAAAUUUCGAAUAGUGAACCCCCAAAAGAAGAUGAUUUUGAUGAAGAUUCAAAUAACACUACUAUAAGUCAAGCCGAAGGCCAUCAGGUGGCAACAGAAAGAUUUGGUAUUCAACCUGAUAAUUGGACAAUAACCACAGAGGGACGUUCUGAAAUACCGAAUUUAGUCGAAAGACAUGAUGAACAACCAGUAAUUAUUCAAUCUGUCACAGAAAAGUCUUAUGAAAGCACAGAAAGUUCGGAUUAUCUUGAAAAACGCGUUUCGGUUGUAUCAAAUGAAUACGGAAUUUAUAAUGAUAACGUCACUCGAAAACCUUACGUUCAUACCUCCACACAUUUAGUUCAAGACCAUACAUCAGAAGAACAAUAUUACACAGAAUCUCCAAUUAUAACUACUUCAAUCUAUGGGGAACAAUCAACAAAAAAUGAAAAUUACGGAGGGCAUGAUGUAAUCAAAGUUCAAGAAAAAUCUGAACAAGACUUUCAAGAAUUAUCGAGUACGUCUACUCCAGUAUACUAUUCUCCUCCAAUAACUCGAGGUGAACCAGGUUUUCAAGGAGAACGAGGAAAACAAGGACCAACUGGUGAAAGAGGUGUACCUGGUAUACCAGGCGUUCCUGGAAUGCCUGGGCCUCCUGGACCAGUUCCUGAUGUAAGUACUUAUUAUCAACAAUUAGCUCAGGCACAUGGAAGUCGAGAUAAAGGACCAAUAAUAAAUGAAUAUCCUCCAGAACCAUUUCAUACUAUGCAGGCUCAUAUUGGACCAGUUGGAUUAAGAGGUCCUCCUGGUCCUCCAGGACCACCCGGACCUCAAGGCUUUCAAGGCCCUCGUGGAGAUUCAGGAGAUAAUGGUCCACCAGGUCCUCCAGGUCCUGUUGGCCCCCGUGGUAUUCCUGGAUUACCUGGAAGAGAUGGAGAAAGAGGACAUGAUGCUGAACCGGGACAACCAGGAACUAUUGGCCCUCCUGGUCCAAGAGGAUUACCAGGAAUGCCUGGCUUAACUGGUGCAAAGGGCCAUAGAGGAUAUCCAGGUGUGGAUGGUGUCAAAGGCGAACAAGGUCCUAUUGGUGAAAAAGGUUCAAUUGGAUCUCCUGGUCAACCUGGAAUUAUUGGAUCAGUUGGCCCAAUUGGUCCUAGAGGAGAACGUGGACGAGAAGGCGCUCCGGGACCGGCUGGAAUCCGAGGUGCUGAUGGUUUGCCUGGAGCAAUCGGUCCACCAGGAAAUAUUGGAAAACCAGGUCCUCCCGGAUUUCCUGGUUCGGUUGGCGCAAAAGGCGAUUUGGGUUUACCUGGACCAAAAGGUAGCAUUGGUAUACAAGGUCCAAGGGGUGAAUCUGGUAAACCAGGUGAAUCUGGAGAAGCAGGUCUCCCUGGAUCACCAGGUAAAGAUGGAUUACCCGGAGAAAAGGGAAGUCCAGGUGCAAGUGGUCCAAUUGGGCCAUCUGGAUUUCCAGGCCCUCGAGGUCCUCCAGGAGAACCAGGAAGCAUAGGACCUCCAGGUGUAAAAGGAAUUGAUGGAAUGCAUGGCGAAAGAGGUUAUAAAGGUGAAUCAGGAAUUAAGGGCGAGAUUGGAGCUCCGGGGCCAAGAGGUUUGCCGGGAAUGGACGGUCCAGAAGGAAAAAGAGGACGAAAAGGAUCCGAAGGACCACGUGGACUGCCUGGAAUGCAAGGGGAACGAGGUCUUCCAGGAGAGCGUGGUUUGCCUGGACCAGAUGGAGUUCCUGGUAAUAAAGGUUCACAAGGAGAUAGGGGUUCAGAAGGUCCUCCUGGAACGAAAGGAGCUGUGGGCGAUACAGGUAGACAAGGAAUGCCAGGUCUUCAAGGCUUAAGUGGACCUAUCGGGAAAUCAGGACCGCCAGGAAAACCAGGUCCUAUUGGCGAAAGGGGUAUACCUGGUGCUGAUGGAAAGGUUGGUGAACCCGGAACACCUGGAUUACAAGGAUUACCAGGUCCAAUUGGACCACCAGGCGAUAAAGGUCUUACAGGAGAACAAGGGACAGCUGGUGAAAUAGGACCGCCCGGACCUACCGGUCCAAGAGGUGAUCCUGGGAAAGAAGGACCCCCGGGAAGUCCAGGUUUAGUAGGCAAACCUGGGUUGGAUGGUGAACGAGGAACAACCGGACCUCCAGGAAUAAUGGGAUUACUAGGUGUACCAGGAGUUCCGGGUAAUCCAGGCCCUCCAGGCAAAGACGGAGAACCAGGUCAACAGGGUCAUUCUGGAAAACCCGGAGAACCAGGAGCUCGUGGUGAACGAGGAUUUCCAGGAGAUCGUGGACCAAGUGGUCAUCCUGGCUUACAAGGUGUCAAAGGCGAAUCAGGGGUUGCAGGUCCAGAUGGACCAACGGGAUUACCUGGGAUAAAAGGAGAUAAAGGCCAUUCAGGAUCGCCAGGAUUAAUGGGUUUACCAGGAAUAAGAGGUGAUCAAGGAAUUUCCGGAUCUAAAGGAGAAAGAGGUACUACGGGUGCUCAAGGUCCUUCUGGAUCACCAGGCGUACCCGGAGAACGAGGCUUGCAAGGAUUUAUUGGUCCAGUAGGUCCCCCAGGUGAACCCGCUGAAAGAGGUGAACCAGGAGCACCGGGACCUCCAGGGGAGCUAGGUGCCCCAGGCGCCCCUGGCGAUAGGGGAUUGAUUGGACCACAAGGAGUUCAAGGUUUUCCUGGUGCACCAGGAUUAGUUGGUGUUGCCGGUUCAAAAGGAGAUAGAGGUGACUCAGGCUUGAAAGGAGAACAAGGAAAUCCUGGACAUCCUGGUAAACCAGGAGAAGCCGGUGUACCUGGACCCGUUGGUGAAAUGGGGCCUAAAGGAAUUCGUGGAGAACAAGGUAUCAAAGGAGAUAUGGGCUUAAUUGGGCUUCCAGGGAGAAUAGGGGAACGAGGUCCACCAGGAUAUCCUGGACCAACAGGACAACCAGGAACACCAGGGUUGAUCGGACCUAAAGGAUGGGUAGGAGAACCUGGAAAACAAGGAUUAUCAGGUGCUAUUGGAGCACCAGGCUUACGUGGGCCUGAAGGACCAAAAGGAGAAACCGGUAGUGAUGGAACACCAGGACCUGUUGGCCCAGCAGGACCUCAAGGACCACCAGGAGAAAGAGGUUUGCCUGGAGUCCCAGGAAGCCAAGGUCCUUUAGGAAUGAGAGGUCCACAAGGAAGCCCUGGUGAAAAAGGUACACCAGGAAAAUCAGGAUCUGAUGGCUUACAGGGAUUACAAGGAUUAGCAGGACCUCCUGGUUCACCAGGACCUCAAGGAGAAAAAGGCCAAGAUGGUGCGACAGGUUUGCCUGGAUCUUCAGGAAUUCCAGGAAGACAAGGAGACAAAGGUCCCCCAGGAGCUCCAGGGAAUUUAGGCAAUCCAGGACCACCCGGAAUGCUAGGUCCACAAGGCUUACCAGGUCCAACUGGUAAUGUAGGUGAACGAGGUUUACGAGGUGAACCUGGACCUCAAGGUGUUGAAGGUCCUCCUGGCGAACGAGGUAAACCAGGACCUUCUGGUACGCAAGGUCCUAAAGGAGAUCGUGGUGAUGUAGGACUAGAAGGAAUAAAAGGCCACCGAGGACUAACAGGUCUUCAAGGAUUACCAGGAUCUCCCGGCCCUGCUGGCGAAAAAGGUGAUAUAGGUUACCCAGGACCUCAGGGAUCUGUAGGAGAACAAGGACCAAAAGGAAGCUCAGGAGAAGAUGGAAAUCCAGGACUACCUGGUACACCUGGGACACAUGGCCAAAGAGGAUUACCAGGUGAACGUGGUAACGACGGAGCUCCAGGAUCACCUGGAUUACCGGGACCUCCUGGGCCACCAGGUGAAGCUUUAGCUUAUGAUAUGGCUGCUUUAACAGCUCUUUUAACACAGGGUCAUAAUAAAGGACCUAACGAUUCUCCAAAUCAGGAUCAACCUGGUGAAAUGACUGAAAGUGAAAGACGUAAAUUAAUCUUAAGUACUUAUAAAAAAUUGAAAACUUCAUUUGAAAAAUUCAAAAAGCCGACUGGUGAAAAAGACUAUCCAGCCAAAACAUGUAAAGAUCUCUUUGCUGCUUAUCCAGAACUUGAGAGCGGAGAAUACUGGAUAGAUCCAAAUGAAGGUGACACUCGUGAUGCUGUUUUAGUAAAAUGUGAUAUGAUAACAAAAAGCACAUGCAUAGUACCUCAACCUGAUCACGUAGGACCAAUAGACUUUAAAAUUAAAGAGUUUGAUUCUGAAAUUUGGCUAUCCGAACUUGAAAACAUGAAAAUAUCAUACAAAGCAGAUGGUAAUCAAAUAGGAUUUCUACAAAUUUUGUCUGUAUCAGCUACUCAAAAUAUUACAUAUCAUUGUAAAAACUCUGUUGGGUAUUUCGAUAAUGAAACUAAAACAUACAAGAAAGGAUUAAAGUUGAUUGGAUGGAAUGAUGCAGAAAUUAUGCCAAGAGGUAAUCAAAAAUUAAGGUACACAGCAAUGGAGGAUCAAUGUAAGAUAAGGAAUGAUCAAUGGGGUAAAACCACAAUUUCAUACACAACCGAUCGUCCAGUCAGAUUACCAUUAGCUGAUAUUAUCCUCAGAGAUUUUAAUAAAUUAGGACAGAGUUUUAGCAUUCACAUAGGACCAGUAUGUUUUGUAUAACUUUUUUAGUUAACUGUAUUAAUUAACAAAAAUUUUUAAAACAGUUUGUUUCCCCAGAAAAUAUGUAUUACUUGAAAUUUAUUUUAUCUAAAAUACACAUGUUAUAUUUAAAAAAGUGAUGGUGGGAAAUUAACAAUUUUAAAAUUUGGUCAAAAUUAUAAUAAAAAAUUGAACAUAUAUUUAUUUAUAAGUUUGUAACAUUAUAAAAAAGGUACUUUUUUUAUGACAGUGGAGAUUUGGAAUAUCCAUUUAGAAAGAUAUAUUUAAUCUGACAUUUGUUAAUUUUUUCCAAAAAAUUACUUAUGCAACAAUUACAUAUGUUAUAAUAAGAAAUAGCUUUUUUUUUUUUUUUUUUUUUUACAUUAUAUACAA